AUGUUGCGUACUACAGUGGGCAAGAUUUUAUCAGAAGCACUAGGUUAUACUUUUGUUGACAGUGACGAAUAUGUAGAGCAAACUGCAGGAGGAAAUUCUGUGUCCCAUAUAUUUCAACAAUACGGCGAGGAUUACUUUAGAGAUAUUGAGAGCGAGGCAUUGCAGAAGUUGUCUAUAAUCCCUCGGCAAGUAGUUGCUACAGGUGGUGGUUCAGUAGUACGUCCAAUCAACUGGAAGUAUAUGAGGCAGGGGAUCACUGUUUUCUUAGAUGUACCUUUGGAUGCAUUGGCAAGAAGAAUUGCUGCUGUAGGAACUGACUCUCGUCCACUUCUACACCUUGAUUCUGGGGACCCCUACACAAAGGCUUUUAUGGGACUCUUUACUCUUUCGAAAAAGAGAGUUGAGGCCCAUUCAGACGCUGAUGUUACUGUUUCACUUUUAGAUCUUGCCGACGAUCUGGGAUUUGAAGAUGUAUCUGAUGUUGGACCAGCUGCUAUAGCACUGAGGUGCUUAUACAGAUUCAGAAGUAUCUACAGGACAACAAUGAGAAGUCCAUGCAAACGUUUCUCUAAUUCUCAGUUUGAGAGAUUCUUUUUCCUUUUUUUUUUUUUUGAAGAAAAUAAUUUAUAAUAGUAUUUAUGUAGCUUUUCAUCACUUGCAGGAACGAACUAAGGCAGUCUUGUUUGGUUUUCGUUUCAGAUGUACAGAUCAAAUAAACUCCUUAUCUAUAGAUAUUGCGUUAUGAAUUUUAGUAUUGGAGGGACAUAUGCAAAUGAAACAAAUUAGCAAUUUUGACAAAUUUUUA